AUGGCUGGGGAAAAAGGAAGCGGUUCCUCCUACUGCAGCUUGGGCCUGAGCCAGCUGGGACUCCAGCAGGAACCCUGGCCAGCAGAGGCAGAGCUCAGUCCUGGAGCUUCCAGCCAGCAGGAUGGGACUGAGAACCUUCAGCCACAAAGGCUGAAAUGCAAAAUGGGACACAGUAAAGUGCCUGUGCCUGUACAUCCCCAGGCCUUUGCAGAUGCUAUGCAGGCCUUUGUCUCCACCAUGAGAGCCCAAGCCGCAGAGCCUUGGCCUGAAAAUGCUGCAUUGUAUCAGCAACUAAAAGAGGAACAAAUUUUGCUUUCUGAUAAUGCAUCUUCCCUUGCUGUUCAGGCCUUUCUGCAAAUGUGCAAUCUGCCAAUCCGGGUGGUUUGCAGGGCAAAUGCGGAGUACAUGUCCCCAUCUGGCAAAGUACCCUUUAUUCAUGUGGGAAAUCAAGUAGUAUCUGAACUUGGGCCCAUAGUCCAGUUUGUAAAAGCCAAGGGCCAUUCUCUCAGUGAUGGGCUGGAUGAAGUCCAAAAAGCUGAGAUGAAAGCCUACAUGGAAUUAGUCAAUAAUAUGCUCUUGACAGCAGAGCUCUAUCUCCAGUGGUGUGAUGAUGAAACAGUACAGGAGAUCACCUACCCGAGGUAUGGCUCCCCNNNNCCGUGGCCGCUGACCCGCAUCCUGCCCUAUCAGAAGCUGUGGGAGGUGAGGCGCAGGAUGAAGGCCCUUGGGUGGGCAGGCAAGACACUGCCGCAGGUGCUUGAAGAUGUAGAUCAGUGCUGUCAGGCUCUCUCCCAGAGAUUAGGAACGCAACCAUAUUUCUUCAAUAAGCAUCCAACUGAAUUAGAUGCUCUGGUAUUUGGACAUCUGUUCACAAUCCUUACUACUCAACUAAUCACUGAUGAACUCUCUGAAAAAGUGAAGAACUACAGUAACCUCACAGCCUUCUGUCGCCGGAUAGAGCAGCAGUACUUUGAGGGCCAUGAUAGAUACAGCCCUGCAACUGCAACAGCCCUGGCUGCCAAGAGGCCCUUGCUGAGAUAA